AUGGAGACGGCGUGCCUGGGAUCCUGCGCCGACUCCAGCUGGUGGGUGGUCGCAGUUCCGGCCUUCCUCGGCGUGGAGCGACUCUGCGAUAGAUUCCUCUUCCUGUCCCUCCUCGCCGCCUUCCUCUUCACGGGGGUCCUCACCUGGGCUCUCACCCCCGGCGGCGCCGCCUGGACACACGGCCGCGCCCGCCGCGGUCCCAUGCCCAUCCCCGGCCCCCGCGGUCUCCCAGUCCUGGGCAGCUUCCUCACCCUCUCCUCCGGCCUCCCCCACCGCGCCCUCGCCGCCGCCGCCAGGGCCUGCUCUGGCACCGCCACCCAGCUAAUGGCCUUCUCCAUCGGCGCCACCCCCGCUGUAGUUUCCUCCGACCCCGCCAUCGCCCGCGAGAUGCUCUCCCACCCACAUUUCGCCGACCGCCCGCUCAAACGCUCCGCCCGCGAGCUCAUGUUCGGCCGUGCCAUGGGUUUCGCUCCCAGCGGCGCCUACUGGCGCCUCCUCCGCCGCGUCGCUGCCUCCCACCUCUUCGCCCCGCGCCGCGUCGCCGCACACGAGCCGAGCCGGCAGGCCGACUGCGGCUCCAUGCUCGAGUCCGUCGCGGCGGAGCAGUCUUCUCGCGGGAAGGUCUCCCUCCGCCGCCACUUGCAGAUGGCCGCGCUGAACAACAUCAUGGGCAGCGUCUUCGGACGGCGCUACGACGACUGGUCGGAGAGUAAUCCAGAGGCGGCGGAGAUCAAACGCAUGGUGAGGGAGGGCUUCGAGCUUCUCGGGGCCUUCAACUGGUCCGACCAUCUCCCCUGGCUCGGAGCACUCUACGACCCCCACCGUGUCACCGCUCGCUGCGCCGAGCUUGUUCCCAACGUCCGGCGACUGGUUCGCGGUAUCAUAGCAGAGCACAGGAUCCCCAGAGAUCCUGCUGCUCAACAUAGCGACGGUGCAGACUUCGUCGACGUGCUUAUCGGGCUCGACGGGGACGAGAAGCUCGAGGAGGACGACAUGGUGGCCGUGCUUUGGGUUCGUCCUCUCCGACCUCGUAUUCCUGUUUCUUCCAUUAAAGACAAUUAGGGCAACGCUGGCCAUGGGCAACUGCUUACUCCUGCAGCUAAAGCUUCUCGUAUUCGAACAUUCUUCCGUUUUCGCGCUUUUCAACACCGGUUUCUGGAGAUUGUUUGCUUACGCUCACCGCGAAUGAUGACUUGUUUUCCAGGAGAUGAUCUUCCGCGGAACCGACACUACGGCGCUGCUGACUGAGUGGGCCAUGGCGGAGCUGGUCCUCCACCCGGAUAUUCAGUCACGCCUCCGCGCCGAGCUGGACACCGCCGCGGGGUCCGGAGGGUCCAUCAGCGACGCCGACGUGGCGAGCCUGCCCUACCUUCAGGCGGUGAUCAAGGAGACCCUCCGUGUCCACCCCCCCGGGCCUCUCCUCUCCUGGGCCCGUCUCGCCACGUCUGAUGUCCAGCUCGGCAACGGCAUGGUCGUCCCGGAAGGCACUACCGCUAUGGUCAACAUGUGGGCCAUCACUCACGACCCGACUAUUUGGCCCAGGCCGGAGGAAUUCUCCCCGGAGAGGUUCUCGCCGGAGCACGGCGGUGCGGCCGUGGACGUCCGCGGCGGCGACCUCAGGCUGGCGCCGUUCGGGGCGGGGCGACGGGUCUGCCCGGGGAAGAACCUCGGCCUGGCCACGGUGGGCCUCUGGGUGGCCCGGCUGGUGUACCGGUUCGAGUGGAUGGCCGUACCGGGGGAGCCCGUUGACCUGGGCGAAGAGCUGAAGCUGUCGCUGGAGAUGAAGAAGCCCCUCGUCGCCGUAGCCGUGCCCAGAGCCUCCGCCACCUGA